GGUCUUUACCUGUCGCCGAAAUCGCUCUUAGAGAAGGAACUUUAGAACCUUUGUUCCCGCCACGUUCGAACGCCCUCCUUCCCUCCACUUCGAUCAUUGUAUUGCAUAUCAUGGCGACUCUUCUCCGUACUCCUGGGGCGUGCCAAAGAGCAGUUUCAGCUGCACAAGCUCGGACUUUGGCUUCUGUAGCUUCCGCCGCCGCUUCCUCUCGAAGUCACAGGGUGGUCGUUGUUGGCGGAGGAACUGCAGGAAUGACAGUCAGCCACCAGCUUCUCCGCACCGGAAAAUUCACCCAGGAUGACAUUGCAGUUGUGGACCCUGCCGAAUGGCAUCACUACCAGCCUGGAUGGACCUUAGUCGGCGGAGGCUUGAAGAACAAGGAAGAUCUGCGACAGCCACUCACAAAGCUCGUCGACCCAAAGCUAAAGUUCUACAACGAGCAAGUGGGCGCGUUCGUCCCAGAGGAGAAUCUCAUUACGUUAAGCAAUGGGGACAAGUUGAAUUACGAGCAGCUCGUGGUCGCUCCCGGUAUCAACGUCGACACCAGCACAAUCAAAGGUCUACCCGAGGCAUUGGCCGAUCCAAAGUCCCCCGUUUCCACCAUAUUCAAAUACGAUACCUGCGACAAGGCAUCCAGGAACAUUAAAGACUUCAAGAAGGGCACUGCCAUCUUCACCCACCCUGCUGGAGCCAUCAAGUGUGCAGGUGCACCUCAAAAAAUCAUGUGGUUGGCUUCGGAUCAUUGGCGGCGGACAGGUUUGUAUAACUACAACGAUCCUGCCUCAUCGCCUAUCAACAUCUCGUUCGCGACUGGUCUCCCGGUCAUGUUCGGUGUACCGAAGUACAGCGCUACUCUGGAAGCUUUGCGAAAGGAGAGGAACGUCGAGGGUCUUUUCCAGCAUGACCUCGUUGAGAUCAACGGCAAUACUGCCACCUUCGCGCGUCCUGACGGCGCGGACAAAGUCACGAAGAAAUUCGAUCUACUGCAUGCCGUGCCCAAGAUGGGCCCGUACGCCUUUGUCAAGAACAGCAAUCUCGCUGACCAAGCCGGCUAUGUCGAUGUAGACCAAGCUACGCUCCAGCACAAGAAAUACUUCAACGUGUGGUCCGCCGGCGAUGCGUCAUCUCUCCCGACCUCCAAGACUGCCGCCGCCAUUACCGCCCAAGCUCCCGUCCUGGUCAGCAACUUGCUACGAAGUAUGGAGGGGCAGGAUGUCCAGGCGGGUUAUGAUGGGUACACUUCUUGCCCCUUGCUGACCGAGUACGGCAAGGUGUUGCUUGCAGAGUUCAAGUACGGUGGUGUACCAAAAGAGACGUUUGGGAAGCUUUUCGGCAUCGAUCAAGGCACGCCAAAGAAGGCUUUCUAUUACCUGAAGAAGGAUUUCUUCCCUUGGGUCUACCAGAACCACAUGGUCAAGGGUCGCUGGGGUGGACCCAAUGGGUUCAUUCGGUGAACGCAACAAUGCGGUGUCGAUAUUGCCUUGGGAAGUACAAACCGGUUCAUCCCAAGACAGGCAAAAGAGAAGGUCUAAACAAUGUGAGUAUGAAAAGAUAGUUGGUGUUUUUGUAAGAUCAGCCGAUGUAAACGAUGACCCAAUAUGUUCAAGGAAGCUAAAUACAGAUUCGU